GCCGUGAUAGACACUUUGUGGCUCUCUCUCCAUCCGACUGGAGGAGUUGAUGUGUCUCAUUAUAACAGCAGCCAAUGCAGCCGCCAUCCAGAGAAAAGCAAAAAGCAUGUCCUAUUUAAAUACACCCACUCCCCAGCAUCGCCCUUAAGCUUUGCACUGGCCUCGCCCUCCCUACCUAAAGGAUUGCAAGCAGAGGAAGACUUGCCCAGGCACUGUUUGCUGGGGGAUUUUUUGUUUUGCAGUGGGGCUUUAUUUUUUGGUUGUGUCGUGUUUUUCCUCGGUGUGCAGUGGGGGUGUCUCCCAUCCCCACCCCCGCAUGAGGAGAGGAGUGAAAUAGACCCAGGUGGGGAUCCAGCCAGAAGAGCGCAGCGGUUACUUUCUAUCUUUGGUCAAUUUCUCCGGCAAAGAAGUAAACAUGGCGAGUGAUUCUCCGGCUCGGAGCCUGGAUGAGAUAGAUCUUUCAGCCCUGAGGGAUCCUGCAGGUAUCUUUGAACUGGUGGAACUUGUUGGCAAUGGAACAUAUGGACAAGUCUAUAAGGGUCGUCAUGUUAAAACAGGGCAGCUUGCUGCGAUUAAGGUUAUGGACGUCACCGGGGAUGAAGAGGAGGAGAUCAAACAGGAAAUUAACAUGCUAAAGAAGUAUUCUCAUCACCGAAAUAUAGCCACAUAUUAUGGUGCUUUUAUUAAAAAGAAUCCACCUGGAAUGGAUGAUCAACUCUGGCUGGUGAUGGAGUUCUGUGGUGCUGGCUCUGUCACCGAUCUGAUCAAAAACACAAAAGGGAACACUUUGAAGGAGGAGUGGAUUGCAUACAUCUGCAGGGAGAUUUUACGGGGUUUGAGUCAUCUACAUCAGCAUAAAGUAAUUCAUCGAGACAUCAAGGGACAGAAUGUUUUGCUGACAGAAAAUGCAGAAGUUAAACUGGUGGAUUUUGGUGUUAGCGCUCAGCUCGACAGAACAGUAGGCAGAAGAAACACCUUCAUUGGAACUCCUUAUUGGAUGGCCCCUGAGGUUAUUGCCUGUGAUGAAAAUCCUGAUGCCACUUAUGACUUCAAGAGUGACUUAUGGUCUUUGGGGAUAACAGCUAUAGAGAUGGCAGAAGGUGCUCCUCCCCUUUGUGACAUGCAUCCCAUGAGAGCUCUGUUCCUCAUCCCCCGGAAUCCAGCCCCACGGUUGAAAUCGAAGAAGUGGUCUAAAAAAUUUCAGUCAUUCAUUGAAAGCUGCCUAGUGAAGAACCACAGUCAGAGGCCCACAACUGAACAACUGAUGAAGCACCCGUUUAUUCGAGACCAGCCUAAUGAAAGGCAGGUUCGCAUCCAGCUUAAGGAUCAUAUUGAUAGGACUAAGAAGAAGCGAGGAGAAAAAGAUGAAACAGAGUAUGAAUACAGUGGAAGUGAGGAAGAAGAAGAAGAAAAUGACUCUGGAGAGCCCAGCUCCAUCCUCAAUUUGCCUGGAGAGUCAACACUGAGACGGGAUUUCUUGAGACUUCAGCUAGCAAAUAAGGAGCGUUCAGAGGCCCUCCGACGGCAGCAGCUGGAACAGCAGCAGCGAGAGAAUGAAGAGCACAAGCGGCAACUGCUGGCAGAGCGGCAAAAGCGGAUUGAGGAACAGAAGGAGCAAAGGCGAAGGCUAGAGGAGCAGCAGAGAAGAGAGAAAGAGAUGAGGAAGCAGCAGGAGAGAGAGCAGAGGCGACAUUAUGAAGAGCAGAUGCGUCGAGAGGAAGAGAGAAGACGUGCAGAACACGAGCAGGAGUACAUCAGGCGACAGUUAGAGGAGGAGCAGAGACAGUUAGAGAUCCUGCAGCAGCAGUUACUGCAGGAACAAGCUCUACUUCUGGAGUAUAAGCGCAAACAGUUAGAGGAGCAGAGACAAGCGGAGCGGCUGCAGAGGCAACUUCAACAGGAGCGAGACUACCUAGUAUCCCUGCAGCAGCAGCAACGGCAAGACCAGAGGCCAGCUGAGAAGAAACCACUGUACCAUUACAAGGAGGGGAUGAAUGCCAGUGAGAAGCCAGCUUGGGCAAAGGAGGUACAACAAUAUCUUAAUAAUUCGCCUGUUCUUCCAACUAAGCAGAAUCACGCUUCUGUUGCCAAACAGUUGGCAACCUUCAUUACUGGCAAAGAUGCAGCACCAAAAUCCAACAUUAAGCCUUCUUCUAAUUUUUCCAAGUCACAACCCUCAGCUAAACCAAAUCUGCAGUACAUCCAAGCAUUACAUCAUCGGAAAGUGAACCCAUUAGCCUCUGCUAAGCCGAGACUGGUUCCUCCCAUUAUUAGGAUUUCUAAACCAAGAUCCCGGGUAGAGCAACACACCCAGAACGGAGAAAAAAACAUCUUGGAACGUUCUCCAUUUAGAUUUGGUCAUCAAGAGCGAUCAAAAAAGAAUGAUGUGAUAUCCCUCAAAGGGUCUCGCUCUCAAGGAUGUAGUCCAGUUAGGAAAUCAGAAUUGGAGAUACCACGUGUUCCUUCUCCUCAUGUUUCAAAUGGAAUAAGUUCACAUUUUCCUAUUAACAGAGUAAAAAUGGACUUUAAAGAACAUAAUGGAGACAGGAGAAGAAUAUAUUCUCCCUCACUAAUACCUACAAGUGCCUUAUUUCCUUCAAAAAGCACUCCAUCAUUGAGCAAUAUUGACAUGAUGUGUGAUCACCUAGAUCUAAGUUCUUCUAGCCCAGAACACAUUUUAAGAAAAAUAAAGAUUCAAGCCCUUAAUAAGAAGCUCCAUGCUUCCUUUGAAAGUAUUCCAGAACUCCUUCUGCCAUCUACAGGGAUCCAGCGUACACAAAUGCAACAGAAAAUAGGAAGAAGCAUGGAUCAGCUUCUCCCUCCAUCUCUUGGUCCUUCUCCACAACGUUCUCAAUGGAAUAUAGCCAUUUUGGCUCCCUUGUCUUCUCGCUCUCGUUCAUCUUCAGUGGACUUGCUUUCCUUUCCCCUUAAUUCCAAUUUGAUUCAGUCUUCUGAAGUUUGCCGGGGUAAUGCUCCAAAUAGCAUGUCUCAAGAGGUAGCCCCAGAAUUAUUCUCUAAUUCUUCCUAUUGUUCUUCCAAGCUUUCUCCUCAAGUAUGUAAUGGGAAAAAAUUUCUAAAUUUGCCUGUGACCAAGACAUUCCUGUCGUCAAGCACUCCUGAUCUGAGAGAUGUCAGACAACUGAACUCUAAACAGCCUCUGGUAGAGGAACGUUCUCGACUCAACCGGCAAAGCUCCCCAGCAAUGCCUCACAAAGUGGCUAACCGGAUAUCUGAUCCAAACCUGCCUCCUCGUUCAGAGUCCUUUAGCAUUAGUAGCGUGCAGCCAGCUCGGACACCACCCAUGCUCAGACCAGUGGAUCCACAGAUUCCACAUCUGGUCAGUGUGAAAUCCCACGGACCCUCCUUGUCUGGCUCUCAGUCACUACACGAACAACCCACAAAGGGAAUGGCUGGGUUUCAGGAGGCUCUGACGGUGACCUCUCACCGCCCUGAGAUGCCAAGGCAGAACUCGGACCCCACCUCAGAAAACCCUCCUCUCCCCCCUCGUGUUGAAAAGUUUGACCGAAGUUCUUGGUUACGACAGGAGGAGGACAUUCCACCAAAGGUGCCUCAGCGAACAACUUCCAUAUCCCCAGCACUAGCUAGAAAGAACUCCCCUGGGAAUGGCACUGCAUUGGGAACUCGAUUAGGAUCACAGCCCAUCCGAGCAAGUAACCCUGACCUGAGGAGAACAGAGACCGUCAUUGAAAGUCCCAUACAAAGGACCAGUAGUGGCAGCUCCUCCAGUUCCAGCACCCCCAGUUCCCAGCCUAGUUCCCAGGGAGGAUCCCAGCCUGGUUCGCAAGCUGGCUCCAGUGAACGCAAUAGAGUGAGAGGGAAUGCCAAACCUGAAGGGUCACCUGUGCUCACUCAUGAGCCAUCGAAGAUGAAACAGGAGGAUAACAGGGAUGUGACGCGCCCAAGUCGACCUGCUAGCUAUAAGAAAGCUAUAGAUGAGCAUGACCUGACUGCAUUAGCCAAAGAGUUGAGGGAACUGCGUAUUGAAGAGACCAAUCGCCCUCUGAAAAAGGUGACUGACUACUCUUCCUCCAGCGAGGAAUCAGAAAGCAGUGAAGAGGAAGAGGAGGAUGGUGAAAAUGAAACGCACGAUGGAACAGUGCCUGUCAGUGACAUUCCAAGGCUUAUACCAACAGGAGCUCCGGGAAACAAUGAACCAUACAGUCUAGGAAUGGUGGCAUCCCAUAGUCUUGAAACAUCCAAUGCAGAUACAUUUAACAGUAUAUCAAGAGAAGGAACUUUAAUGGUAAGGGAGACAACUGGUGAAAAAAAGCGUUCUAGCCACGCAGCCAGCAAUGGCUUUGCAGGGCACAUCAAUCUCCCUGAUCUGGUGCAGCAAAGCCACUCGCCUGCAGGCACACCGACCGAGGCCCUGGGGCGAGUCUCUACACAUGCGCAAGACAUGGACUCAGUGGCUGAAUAUGGCAUGGGAAGUAGCACCAAAGCCUCUUUCACUCCAUUUGUGGAUACUAGAGUGUAUCAGACCUCCCCUACUGAUGAGGAUGAAGAUGAUGAUGAAGAAUCAUCUGCUACAGCACUGUUUACCAAUGAACUGCUUAGACAAGAACAGGCCAAACUGAAUGAGGCAAGGAAAAUCUCUGUGGUAAAUGUGAACCCUACCAAUAUCCGCCCUCACAGCGACACGCCGGAAAUCCGGAAGUACAAGAAGCGCUUCAAUUCGGAAAUACUUUGUGCUGCUUUAUGGGGUGUUAACCUGCUAGUGGGUACAGAAAAUGGACUGAUGCUCUUGGAUCGAAGUGGCCAAGGAAAGGUGUACAAUCUGAUCAACAGAAGGCGAUUUCAACAGAUGGAUGUGCUAGAGGGACUAAAUGUCCUUGUGACAAUAUCAGGAAAGAAGAACAAGCUGCGAGUUUACUACCUUUCAUGGUUACGAAAUAGAAUUUUACACAAUGACCCAGAAGUAGAAAAGAAGCAAGGCUGGAUCACUGUUGGAGACUUGGAAGGCUGCAUACAUUACAAAGUUGUGAAAUAUGAAAGAAUCAAGUUCUUGGUGAUUGCCUUAAAGAAUGCUGUAGAGAUAUAUGCUUGGGCUCCUAAACCAUAUCACAAGUUUAUGGCAUUUAAGUCUUUUGCAGAUCUCCAGCACAAACCAUUGCUUGUGGACCUCACGGUAGAAGAAGGUCAAAGACUGAAGGUUAUCUUUGGAUCGCACACUGGAUUCCAUGUGAUUGAUGUCGAUUCGGGGAACUCUUACGAUAUCUAUAUACCAUCUCACAUUCAGGGCAAUAUCACUCCUCACGCCAUUGUCAUCCUGCCCAAAACGGAUGGGAUGGAGAUGCUGGUGUGCUAUGAGGAUGAAGGGGUGUAUGUGAACACCUAUGGACGGAUAACUAAAGACGUGGUGCUGCAGUGGGGAGAAAUGCCGACUUCUGUGGCCUACAUUCAUUCCAAUCAAAUAAUGGGCUGGGGAGAAAAAGCUAUUGAGAUCCGUUCAGUGGAGACAGGACAUUUGGAUGGAGUAUUUAUGCACAAGCGAGCUCAAAGGUUAAAAUUUCUAUGUGAAAGAAAUGAUAAGGUAUUUUUUGCAUCGGUGAGAUCUGGAGGAAGUAGCCAAGUUUUUUUCAUGACCCUCAACAGAAAUUCCAUGAUGAACUGGUAACAGAAGAAUGCUUGACACUUAACUUCAUGGCAUUAUUUCUAAUUUAAAGGACAUUAAACAUGUGGACUAACGCUCUAGAGGCAGAUACGGAAAGCCUUGUGGAAUACACCACCCCUCUACACACACACUCACAAACAGUACACCCUUUAUUGUUGCAGUCUGGUAAUGGAGCGAGAGGGUUCACUGGAGAUCCCUAAGAAUGCAACACUGUGUUUGGGGCAGAAAUAGACAUAUGCACUUCGAAAGUAGGGAAAUAAACCUUUGGGUGGUCUCCUGACUAAGCUGUGUUAUAGUGGAUUAAGACUUUUUAUUAUUUUACUUUUUCUUUGUCCCCUACUUUGCAAGAGUGGGGAAGAAAAUAGUGUCAAAAAGGUAUGUUUUUAAUUCUGUCUGCCUGCUAGCAUCAAAUAUAUAGUAUGCUGUAAAGUUACUAAUGAAACUGGUGAAAGACAGCACAAUAAAUGUACCUUUUAUCCUUGUGAUGAAGGCCAUAACCAUAUAGCUGGGUAAUUUUGGAAAAUCUUUUGCCUUCACCAACAUUUACAUGCUGCUUUUGGCAGCAACAGCUUAAUGGAUUUUUAAAGAAGAGAAAAAUAAUAGUUUUUCCCCGCUUUUGGGAAAUGGAUUUUAAAUGGCUAAACUACUAGCCUUAGACUAAUAAAAUCAACAACCAUUUUUGUCAGUCUGUCAAUCCAUAUUUCUAUAUGGAGCUUCACAUAAUGGUGUGUGUUGAUAGGGAAAGUAGUGCCAUUUGUUGUUACUUCUGAAAACAGUGGGAGAGUAUUAGCAUUUCUUUCCCCGUGCUGCAUUAUACAAGAGGUCGGGGCAAAAGAAUGGAUAGAACAUAGGCUGAGAGAAACACAAGAUCAUUCAGGUGGCAGAUCUACAUGUGGAGGGAUGCAUGGAGCCACUUGGAUGACAGGGAUUUUAAUUUGGGGUCCAGUUAUAGUGACAGGUGAUCAGGUAUGCUCAUCUGUAUGGUUGGUCCCCACUUAAUAGUGAUGCUAUGCAUUCAGAACUCCCAUUGAAGUUUGUGAUCGCUGAGGGUGCCUAUAGCCCCAAUAAGGAUUGUGGCCCCAGUGAUAAUGUGGCUUAUGUUGAUUUUUGUCUUGUGAGGCCAUUCUCCAGAUACGAAGAUUGGGAUGAGCAAGUUAGAAGGUUCUGAUAGGCCAGUGUUUGUUCAGCGUAGGGGAGAGAGAGGGGAUUAGCAUUGCAGAGCUGAACUGUAAAGAAUUUUUAAAAAUAGGGUUUCUUUGGUGAAGAUUCCGAAGCUAUAAUCACUUUCUGCACCCCUCCCCUCCCAUGAAUUACCCAACAUGCAGUGAACAACAACAUCUGUGCAGAAAUAUGUAUGUAUUUAGUUCAGGUUGAAUUGUGUCCUUAUAAACUCUGCUCAAUUGAUUUACAUUUUAAGUGAGUAUCUGGGAUUUUUUUUCUCAAUAGCUACAAGCAUGGCUGCCUGUGAUAUUAGGGUGUUGCAUAAUGAGAUCUGUGUUGCUGUUUUUAACCUACCUCGUUUUGUUUGUUUUUGUUUUGAUUUUCAUUUUGCUGUUCAUUGCAGCACUGUUACCUUCAGGAACAUAUAGAGAGCUCAACUGGCAUAUGUAAUCAUAAUGAUUCUAUUUUAAAAAAAAACCAAAUCAGCAGUAGUUGACAAAAUCUGAAUCCUUCACUGAUUAAAAAAGAAUCUCACAGUACCAGUUCCCAAGGCCUUGUAAUUCAACUGCACCAUCCAUUAAUGUGCUGGUAGACAUUAGUUUUGUUCUUAGUCAUUUAAAACUAGUGGCUGGUCAGACCAUGAGUGAGAACACAAUAAAAAUCAGAAAUCGGGGCGAGGUAUAGCAACUUGGUGAAAAUGUGCUAGUUCUGGCCUGUGAUAGCUAAAGAUUUAACAUGGAGACGACAUAGGUUAGAAGCAGUUAAGAAAGGUAAUCCAGGUAGCUGUGACAGCUUCAUUUCUGAGCUUCUGUCAUUGAGAAACCACAGUGCUGUCUCAGUCAGAAAAUAAAAUCCUAGUAAAGUAACUUGAUCAUUAUCUCAGUUCAAAGCACCACUCAUGGCUGCUGGUUUAAUGGACACUCUCUUCCAUAUGAAGGACCUGUACAGUUGCUUCAGUGGCUCAGGCAGUAGGGCUGUGUAUGCGAUAGCCUAUUGAUCUGGAAUUUCCCACUGUUGGUAGCAUCACUGUAGCUCCACCUAUGGCAGGAAUGGCGAGAGCCCU